AUGUACGCUCUCAGAAACCUGUGGACCCGCGUUGCCACGCAGGCGCUUCUUCUCACUUUGUUCAUUUCGACAACUGUCUUCGCCCAAACCAACCAGAAUGUGAAGUCCAUCUAUCUCUUCAAAGACGUCCUCCAAUCAGACACGACGGCACUCAAGACCUCGGGCUUUGACACACUUCUCAUCUUCAGAAUCGGCGUUCUCGAAAACGGAGACCUCGUCUACUACUCAACAGGCGAUGCGGGAGAAGCCGUCGACGCUCCUGUGGUGACCAACGGACAAUACGUCGGCGGAGAUGUCCUUUCCGAGAAGAUUCAGUCUUUCAAAACCGGAACGACCAAUAUCAACAGAGUAGAAGUCUCUCUAGUAUCCCACGACACGACGUUCCAAAACAUCAGAAGUCUCAUUAACAGCAACGGGACCGGCACGGACUCAAUCCUCUACCGAGGCUUCCAAAUUCUGAAGACGGAAUGGGACCUGGACGCAUUCAACAACGAUGACGAGAGUGUGUACGAUGUGGCAAGCACCGUGAGCUUUGCUCAGCUCCUCGGCAGCAUUGGAUACCAGUAUUCCAUUGCGCCGUACACCAACAGCGGGUUCUGGGCAUCAGUGAGAAGCCAGAUUGAGGCGGCCAGUCCGGGCCUUCUUGACCGGGUUUACCUACAGGUCUACGACGGUGGAGCUGGCAAUAACCCAGGAACAUGGCAGACGGCGUUGGGAAUGAAGGUCAUUCCUCUCGUGUGGGUAAUCAACGACGCCAAGCCAUCGCAAGGGGUCACACCUGAGCAAGCGGAAGCCCGAUUCGCUGGCUGGGAUACUCAAUAUGAGGUUGCCGGUGGAGGUUACUGGAAUGACUACGACAUCGAGAAAAUGGGAUCUUCAUAUACGGAGUACGCUGAUGCGCUGACGAAUGUCUUCGCAUAG